GCUCCUUGGUAGGACGUCAUACGACACCUCGACACCAAGACGUCUGCGCGAUACCUACUCCAGGCAGUAGGAGUUGUCUUACCUCCUAUUCUCAUCUUGCAGAUUCUCCAGAUCUUGCAUGACAGGCACACCCACGACCGUCGUCCCACUGAUCGCGAGCAUGACCGGCAAGCUUGCAGUGUCAAUGCUUGGACCUUUGCCAGACAAGUCGAUUGCAUGAAGUCCGAACGGCCACCUGGCAAGAAUGAGCACGACUGAGGCCCAUAUGACGGGUGCAGCCCAUUCAGGCUCUAUGGAUAUCGACUCAGAGCGUCAAGUCCCGCCAAUUCGCACGUCCAUGUCUCGAGAUAACAACCCUCGGUCUGCCAAUACAGACACCUCUCUUGGGACCCCGGCUUCAGGUUCCAGUCACAAAACGGCACACAAGCGUUAUGUGUUCGCUGAUCCAGUGGCUUUCAGCUAUCUCGCCGAUGAUCACUCCAACACCGUCCUCGCACGCCGAACCGUCCUGGAGGGCUAUGAAGUAUACAUUGUAGAGCAAUGGGCGUGUUCCCGCUCUCAUCCUAGCUUCACCAUCACGACAUUCACCGGCGACCCUGUUCACAAAAUCAGAGUGAAUGUCUUGGGCGUGCCUUCAAAUGAAGAGGCGUGGUCGCCCCAGUUGAAGAUAUACGACAAGGCACUGCGUAAAUAUCAUGCUCGAGAGAAAGUCACACCCCUCGGCACGCUGAUGGUCACAAACCUGAGCGGCUUCCCAUCGUCCCUGUCGAUGAUACACGUACCAGAUGGAGACUUGUACAUGAAUAAGGAGAUAUUCGUCGUAAACGAGAACUUGAAAAGACUGGGAUGCUCCGGGCGUGCAGGGCUCAAGUUGACUACACCGACUCCUGCAACCCAGGCAAAGUUCCAUCAGCUCUACAGGACGAGCGAGAAAGUACCAUUGAACAGUUCUGUCAUCGAGCUAGUCAAACUCUGCCAAGUGGCUCUUUUUGUCUUUGGCACAUUACGCGCGGACUAUGUGGAUGGACUGCUGUGCGACAUGACCGAGAGAGCUAUCAAUGAUUGGUGGAUCAAGCUGGGGACAGAGUAUUACAACAUGGAGCCCAGUGAUGGUAUGCUAGGUCCAAGCACAGUGGCUGGACUCUUGGGCAUGCUUAUGGGUGCGAGGAACCGGCUCCACGCCUAUGGCGCACCUGUACCAAAAGACGUGUUUGACGUAGAAUCAACAAAACGAGGAAUCGCUUACUUCCAGAAAUCACAACGGAUAGACAAGACACGGCGGCUAGAUCACAAUACUCUGGAGCGUCUCCAGCGGGCUACAGCAAAAGCAGCAAACGGCGAGGGAUGGGCAAUGCCACGUGCCGUCAAAUCGACAGUCGCAGAAUUGAGUGGUAAAGGCGGCGAGAUGGUCAUGGAAAUGGUUGGCGCACGUGACAAGCCCGGUAUCUCAGAGAUUGAGACAGUCGACAUUGAUACAUUUGUGGACCUGGUGUACGGAGAACGACCGAAAUGGCUAUGGCACGGAAAGCCAAGAAAGUCACCUGGAGCAGAUAUGUUUAGUCGCCUUCCUGGAGACGAAGGCAUGGCAUUCCAGAAAGAUGAUCAAGGCGAAUACAAGUGGUCGAACAGACAGAGAGACAGUGCCAAAGAAGAUGGUCAAGAUCAGAGGCAUUCGACAGAGGCGUCUAGACCGUUGUCGAGAGCAAAUACAGGAGCAGAAGACGAAAAGGAAUCGACUCGACGAGCGGUAUUGAGACGUGCGACUGGUCGAAACAUAGAUGGAAGAAGCGGAUUCGACAGGAUCAAAGACGUUGUGGGCGGCCGAAAACAUCAAACAAAAGCGUCCAGGGAUGAGCAUAACAUGCGCCAUGCCAUGGAUGAUCAAGAGCCUUUUGAGACCCCCGAAGCUCGGGUCGAAGAAUCAGUUGAGCCAACAUUCACCAAAGUCAUGACAGAGACACCACCACCACAGGAAUACCAGGCACCACGCUUUAUGCCACCUGCCGUAAACCCUCACCGUGACCAGCAACCUGAGGUUGGUGCGUCUCUGCCGCCCAGAGAUCACGGCGGGUCCGGGACUGUCACCGCAGAGAGCUCUAUUGCUGGAUCCAUGUACAAGGGAAUCGAAUUAGACGGAGGCCUACAGCCAGACCAAGGCCUUCAUGAUGGAGUUGGUAUCACACUACGCCGAACGCAAAGCUUUAUACAUCCCCAGAUAGCUGAUCAUGGGAUUCGUCAUGAUGGAUGGUGGCCGCGACAUAUGUCAUUCAGCCUUGCCGAAGAGAGUGUGCUCACGUGGAACUCACUGAUUGAAUUUACAGAUGACCCAAAGCCUAGCAAUCCCACUGAAGCAAUGAGCGUGGAAGUACUCAAAGCUACGGAUGCACGAAGAACGAGGGCAAAACUGAAGUUUCUCGCUGAAGAUGUCGGCAGUUGGGUGGAACGAAAUCUUUUGGACGUGCGAAAGCUGGACGAACAGGCGUACAACGAUCAGUCGGAGCUUGAGGAGCUCUACUAUCCUCAGCUGGAUGAGUAUCACGCCUUACGGCAGGACACGCAAGAUGUGCUCACACGUGAGAGAAUGCGGCUAAAAGAUACGACGGCAGACGUCGAGCAGCUUGGUGAGCAGCUUGGAUACGAGAUCGACCAGCUGAAGAGCAAGAUCGAAGAUGUCGAGGACAGCGUUGGAGAGUUUGAACGGCAGGUUCGCGACGUUGAGAGUCGUGUGAUGGAGUUGGAGGAACUUACUAAAGAACGAGAAGGCUGGACGCACUGGGCUCUCCGUUGCUUAAUUGGGAUUGGAAAGGACCCGGCACUGCAAGAGGAUGUUGAUAGGCCGAAGCAGAUCUGAAUUUUGCAUGAUACCCGUAGAGAUUUAAUGCAUACAUGUCUCUGAGCUUUGCGUAUCGUUCAGGAUGGUCUCUGCUUUGUAGUCCCACCUUGGAGCGUAAGACGCUGACAACAUCAGCAAACAAAUACGACUAAACCCUCGAUCUUUCUUUCGCUGAAACAAAAGAAG